UUUCGACAUCAAAAAAAGAAAGAGAAAAGAAAAGAAAGAGAAAAGAAAUCCAGUCGAAGGCGUAGUUGUAUGCGGCAAUGAAAGCACGCUCUCAAAUGCCAACAGUUGAAAAUAAUCUCUUCCCAAUAUACCCAUCAUUUCUUCUUAUCCCGCUCAGUGUAGUGGCUGUAGCCCACAAUUUACCGAUCCUUUCGACACUAACGAAUCUAAAAAAGAAAAGAAAAAAAAAUGUCCAAAACGAUGAAGGCGUCGUUGAAAGCGCGAUAUGAAGCGGACAAGGCGGCGGCGGCCGCUACCGUCGCCGCCAACGCCGGUGACCUGAGGCUCCGCGCUUCCAUGACGGACGCUACUGUUGUCAACGGCCCCAGCUUGAACGGAUUAGUUCUGGCUGUCGAGAAACCAGGUUCAUUCAUCAUCGACUAUAACGUCCCCAAAAAGGACUUUAGGUUUCAGUUCACGGAGACUGUUAGGGUUGCAGACAAGCGGUUGAACUUGAUGUAUAUUCACAGUAAAGGUGAUAAUCGGACAAUAUUAGACGGAACUUUGGUUUUUGACUCCGCAAAUAAAGUUUCGGCGAAUCACGUGCUCGGCUCGGGGAAUUGUAAGCUUAAAUAUAGUUACGUCCAUGCCGGUUUGACCACAUUCGAGCCAAGUUAUGAUUUCGCGAAAAACUCAUGGGAUUUUGCUGUGUCGAGGAAGGUGUAUGGGGAUGAUGUUCUGAGGGCUGCUUAUCAGACCUCGAGCAAGCAUUUGGCCCUUGAAUGGUCCAGGAAGUCUACAUUCAACGGCUCAUUUAAGGUAUUCUGCUGCAUCACGUUGUCAUUUUUAGUCCUCAUGCAGUUUGAUUUUAAAGAUUUUAGUGAAAUUGCUAUAGAAUUGAGUGUGGACUAACCGUUUUGAAGCUCGGUAUAGUAAGUGUUUGGUCACCAAACGGUAAUCCUCAAUAGCUUUAGUUUUGGAUUAUGUUGGGUACUAUGUUUGUAUACACACCUUCUUUUAGAAUCCCUUGCAAGUUGGCUCUGCAUAAAUGACUUCAUUUGAAUAAGUACUUGUUUUGUCGUCCCACUUCUCUGUGAAUUGUGACUUAUAUAUGUGGCUGUUGAAAUUCCUAUUUCAUCCUACAGAUAUACACUGUGAUAAAUGUCGGUGUUUGUUUGGAAACAUCUGUCAAAAUAUGUGGAAUCCAAAAUUUUGUUUGUAGUUAUCGAGAUGUGAAAUGUGUUGUCGUUUUUGGUGCUACUCAGAAUAUGUAGUAGGUUCUUGGUAUUGUUUGUACAUUAAAAAUUUUCUAUGUCAAUAUGCCUGCAUAUGUAUACUUGUGUGAAGCGGUGUAAUUUUCUGACACAUUCAAUUGCUUUAUUGGCAUUCGUAUUAUUUUUCUCCUUUUUUCGAUUGAUGUUGACAUUUGUCAACUGUUAAAUCAGCUUCUAGAACAUGGAUGUAGUCGCUUAUGUUGGUUAUUAGAAGAGGUUUACUUUUUGUGGCAGUCUUCAAAAAUGGUCUGGGGAAUAAAAGGGGAAAUUGUGCUUGUUUGUGCACACAAACAGUUUCUUCCCAAGUUUUGGUAUGGAUGUUAAUGAGUUAAGUUUUUUUUUUUCCCCUUCUUUUGAAAAGUGUACCUGUACAUAAUUAAUGUAAGGUACCUAAACUAUUACAUCGCAUUCUAGUGAAUUCAAGAUUGUGCAUAUUGCUAAUAUCACUUCUAUCCACUUUAAUCAGUGUACAAGUUUGAAACGUUGAAAUUAAAUCAGCUAACAGAAGAUGAACUUCCUGACCCUCUAUUGAGCCAAGUUAAAAAGCUUUGUGGAACUCAUGAGUCGUGAUUUUCGAUUGUUGGAUGAUCUCAUGCCAUCCGUAACUCUCCGAUUAGAAGUAAAUCGUGCUACUAAUUUCUGUGAUCAACUUGGAUUUUAAUUGUUUUUUUUUUUUUUUUGGUUGGAUGCAAUGAUAGUUCCUGUAAUUUAAGAUUGUUAUGGUGUUGAGUGUUGACUGCUCUUUGGGAUGCUCUUGGUAAUUGUAAUUAGAUGCCCUAUUAACUUUUUUACCCUUAUGGAAUGUGUAGAAAAUUGCAAGUUUAGCUGGCUUUUGGUGUCUCUUUCUUGAGACAUAUUGAGUGACAACACUUUAGUAUGGGGUUUUCUUGUGGUUUUUUGGUCAGUGGUGUUCCAGGGUUCAACAUCUGAUUAUCAUCUAACUGACGUUGUUCUAUAAUUUUCAGAGUCAUAGUUGCAAUAAUAGCAGACAUUAGUUGAUGUGGGGCAAACUUUAGAUGGCAGUCUGAAACAAUGUUUAGUUAGUUUAACUUAGAUGAUGAUAUGAUUUCUUCUAGGUGGCCGAUUUGUGCAAAUAUAUUCCUGUUUAGGUGGUUGUCAACAUGAAUGAGACUUUGUUUUCACUAAGCCACUACUUGAUAUUGUUAUUCUCUAUACUUCCAGGUUUCAGCAUCUGUGAAUUUGGCAGAUGAACAGAAAACACCCAAGUUAACUGCCGAGAGUAUCUGGGAUUUUGAAAUGUGAUUCUACUACAACCAUGGUGCCUGUCUGCUCCACUACCCAUACAGGUCUAGCGGCUUCACAGCAUCUGCGUUAUUUUUUUUGGAGUACAUUGUACGCCUCAGUGGCACUUGAAAACUGAUCAGGAAUGGGAUGAAUUUAUGACCCACAAACUUGUCUUCCUAUUUUUUUCCGCUCAGCGGAUCUUAGAUAUUACAUCCAAAUGCCCUAAUAAAGAUAUAAAUGUGAUUGCUAGCUCUAGGCUUUGCACUUUUUGGAGAAGAAUCUGACCUAAUGACAUUGUAUCUUGGAUGAGUUUUCUAGUUCUAUAGCAGAUUAAAAGUUUGAGAAUUUGUUUGGAUCAAGAGCUCCUCAUAACAAGGUUUGGAUAGAAUGAAAAAAAUGCCGGUUGAUUAACUCAUUGGUUCGAACUAGUUAGAGGUAGAAAUGAUCAAAACUGCUCCGUAAUCUUCUAGGGCACGUAAGUAUGUUUAGCAAUUCUGCAGACUCUAAAAAGAUAUUGCAAAGCGGCUGAUGACUAUAUCUGAUCAACAAAAGAGAUCAUCAUUCCGUGUGGUAUACAG